UUUUAGACUUUUGUCGUUGACUUUGAACGCGUUGUCGAGGAUGGUCCUCCUCUCUGUUUCGUUCCCUAAAACUACCUUAAGUAGUCGUCGAGGAGUUCCUGUAGCAUCAGGGUUUCGUUUUCCGAUCCUGAUAGCCUUUCGUACGUGUACUCCAGUUGUUUUUUCGGGAAGUAUUUCCCGGAAUAUGGAGCUGAUCGCCUUCAGAUCAUCUGCAUGUCGGGCAGCUGGAUCUGUGUUCUUAGAUUCCUCCAAGUUCCAGAUGAUAAUACUGUAACUAGAGUCCGUGGGUUUCUGAGUUUUGCUGGAACUAACAGUCGUCGAGACCUUGUUGGUAAACUCGGCUACUGUUUCUUUCCUAGUUUUGUUUUGCUUCUUACCUUUCGGCAGCAACCAAGUGGAGUCCGUUUCUCCCACUCUGUUUUCGCCGCGACUAGAAGCCAUUCGUGCACUAGACACGCUGCGCUUUGGCGUUGCUAUUUCACAGGCUGGUUUUGCC